AGUAUAAAAAAUCAUCUUUCUAGUACACACACUUAAAAUACUCAGUAAACUAUAAAAUGCGAGGCACUACGUCUAUUGCAAAAAAACAUGUGUGACAGACCUAAUUAUAUUUUCAAUAUGAAGAAAUUAAUAAUGUUUGUUAUUGCUGUUUUUGUGGUUGUUUUGGCUGAUACCACAAAAGAACAAAAGAGAAAAAAGGAAAUGGAUAAUUUGGGAGAAUAUUUAAAUACGUGUCAGCACGAUUUCGGUCUGUUACCGGGUUACAUUCUUACUAAAGGAUAUAAAAACGUAAAAAAGGAAGACGAGAAGUAUGUAGGAGCCAUUAUGCUCUGUGUGUAUCGCAAAGUAGGUCUUAUGUCAGAAAACGGAGAUUUAAUUGAAGACAGAGUUCACAGCUUUUACAUAAAUCUACGAGGAGAUUCCAGACGCUCAAAAGAAAAUAUAAAGAAAAUUUUGACGAUAUGUACACCGCCUAUUAAUGAUACUCCUCAGUAUAAAGCUUUCUUUUAUGAAUCUUGUUUAGACAAACACAAAUUAACACGUUAGGAGUAUUUUUCACUAUAAUAAACAUUUACUAUGU